GGUUAAUCCAGUGUGCCUUUUAGCGUGACGUCACACACACACAGAGCCAUCUAUGGUAGUGCUUUCUUAUUUCAUUCAACCUACAGAGCGGAGGUACAAAAGCAUCUCAGAGUGCCAAAAUGAAUGUGGAACAUGAAGUUGGUCUUCUUGUUGAUGAAAUUCGUCGACUGGGCAACACAAAUGCAGAUGGCAAGAUCAGUGUCAAAUUUGGAGUCUUGUUUAAUGAUGACCACUGUGCCAACCUUUUUGAAGCUCUGGUUGGAACACUGAAAGCGGCCAAACGAAAGAAGAUCAUCACAUUUGACGGGGAGCUCUUACUGCAAGGAGUUCAUGAUAAUGUGGAUGUCAUAUUACUGCAGGAGUGAAUCUGACUGUCUUUUCUAAACCCAAGUAAACAAGUACAUAGUCUUUUUCAGAUUUCACCGCCACCAAGUGAGAGCAAUCAACAUUUUGAUAAGCACAUAUUUGAGAAUGUAACAUUUUUGUACAUUGCAUUGUAAUAUUUUUAUACACCAGUUUUUCUCUCAGGGAAGUGAUUUGCACAACAGUUUUGAAAUGCAGUAAUCUUCCCUGUUUAAUCACGUCUAGCUCGAUAGCCAUAUCAUUAAACCAUAUUAGUGUGCAUGAUCAUCAUGUUAAUAACUUUCUGGGACUGGAAUACAUUGUUUUCGAUCUUAUGGUAAUGAAAAUCUGCCGCCAGUUUAUGGUGAUUGUAAAUCUAUAUAUUAUAUAAUAUUAGAUUAUACCAUUGAUGUGUAAUUUUAUGGCUUACAUAAUUGUCGUCUUUCAAUAGUAAUCAUGGACAGUUUGUUUGCAAUACAUUUACAAUGACUUUGUUUGCGAUUGUUAUUUGUCACGUUUGUGGAAUAUUAAGACAUUUGAAAAAUAAGGCAGCUUAAAUUAAAAGCAACAUUUAUUGAUGUCUGUAACUAUAAAAUAGUUGAGUCACCAUGUUAUUUUUUAUUUGAGAUUCUUGUUAUCUAUGUCUUUACAAAUGUCACACUGAACUCCCAAAGUUUUUGCCUCGUUGAAGCUCAGGUUAAAGCUUAAUAUAUGAGCAACAAAAAAAGAAAUAAAGAUGUACGCAAAGAAUAAAUACAGGGAGUGUGUUUGUACUGGAUCAUCACUUGAUGCAUGAUUGAUAUUCAUUUCUCCAUAUAAAUUUGUUUACAAAAAUGCAUCUGCAUUUUAAUAUGUUUCACAUUUUAUAUCUGUGCUUUAAUUUUUAUUUUAUAAUUGUGCAUUAUCGGAAUGACUGGAAUGUUUAUUUAAAAGCACAAUAAACACUGGCAUAUAAACACUGAA